AUGAGUCAGCGCAGAAGCUUUCACUUCAUUAGCGCAGAGUUAGCUCAGGAGCCUAUCGACGGCUUUGGCAUGCUGCGCGUCGAAAUAAAACCCAUUUCCCUUGUAGACGGAACCUCUCCCAACUCCAGUGUUCCCUUCGGCAAGAUGGAGGUCGACUAUGAGCCACUAACGGAAGGGGGGUCGAUGCACUGUCCUGAACUCCAGUUUAUCCCGAUGUCCGCAAGGGAGCAGGCUAUGGCGGAACUGAGAAAGCUUAAACAGGGAAAAAUGUCAGUAGAGCGCUACAUUGAGAAAUACCAGUCCUUGGUGAACCGAAGUCCUAUGGUGGCAGCGGAGCUCCACUACCAAUGGUUUACAGCGGGGCUGGAACCCGUAGUGAGGCAAACAGUGACUGGCUGGGCCACGGACAGGGAAAUGAGGGGCGAAAAAGUUGAACUUGCUGACAUGAUGGAAUUCCUCCGCAGAAUGGAAAAGGAAAACGCCACACCCACAGCCUUAGCUGAAAAGGAAGAAAACGGGCCUGGGAACAAUCCCGAUUUGGAACCAAUGGAUAAUGGGGCUGUGAACACCAAUCCAGCUAAACACGGGGCUAGAAGCGGCUACCAUGGCAGGCAGGAUACUAGAAUCGGCAAAACUAUGGGCGUAAAAUGCUCCAUCAGUACCAAAACCGGGCACAUUCCUAUGACUAGGGACUUCUACGUUGGACCUGUUCACCACGACAUAAUCCUACGCAUGCCGCGGGUGACCCAGUGGAAGGCGCAAAUGCGUUCCUCUGAUUGUGCCAUAGAGGUCAUUCCGCCUGGAAGUGAUGAGAGAGUGCACCUCUCAGCGCUCCCAACGGCAUUUGCAUCCUCUAUGGUUCGAGGUGUGGAGACUGUGCGACCCUCGCAUCUGGAAGAGGAAAUUGAGCGGCAGGCAGACGAACUUCUGGAAAAGGGCAAGGUUCAGCCGCCAACUAGCGCCUUUGGGCACAAUCCCGUGCUGGCAAAGAAAAAGGACGGCAGGUGGCGCGUGUGCGUCGACUUCAAGUCCCUCAACAAGAUUACAGUGAAGCAGAAGUUUCCGAUGCCCAGAGUGGACGAAAUCCUUGACCGCCUCCGGGGUUCAGCGGUAUACUCAGCAUUUGACUUCGCUGAGGCCUUCUUGCAGAUCCCUAUUCACCCUGAGAAAAGGCACAAAACGGCGUUCCACACAAGCACUCGCAAGCUGGAGUACACUUGUAUGCCCUUUGGCCUCGUGAAUGCACCUGCCGAACUGCAGCGGCAAGUCAAUCACGACUUCCUGGGGCCAAUUGCCGAGGGGUGGAGGGUGAUAUACAUGGAUGAUGUGCUUGUGUUCAGCCGCAAUGUGCAGGAGCACCUGCAGCACCUCCGGCGGGCGCUGCAGCUCCUACCAGGCUAUUGGUCGGAAAAAGCAUCAGAUAAUCGCUUGCUACUCGCACCGCUUCACGGAGAGGGAGCAAAAGUAUCCGAUCAGGGAAAAGGAGCUUUACGCGGUCUGGAGGGUCGUUAA